AUGUAGCAACAAGUUGAUUAGGCAGUAUAAAAUAGUGAAGCCUAAAUAAAAGAUGGAUUUUUAUAAAAUAAUAAAUUUAUGAUUAAAUACAUAUUAUUAAUGUUUACAUUUUGCUUAAACGCAGUUUAAUUUACUAGCAUUCCUAUACUUUUUUAUCGCUCUAAACUUAAUUGUUUGAACUCAGAAGGUAAAGAAUAUGAAUGCUCUCUUGAAUAAGCUUGUUAGAAUUCUAAUGGGUAUGUUGAAAAAUCUGAAUAUCCAUAAAUAUAUAAUAUUACAAUGCAGUUAAAUUUAUAUUGUGAUAGAGAAAUUAUAGAGGCAUGGAUUUUUUCAAUAGCCAACUUUGGAAGAAUUGCUGCAUGUAUAAUCUUAAUAUUAACGCCGCAUUUUAAAAAGGAAAAUAGAGAAACGUUUAUUAAUAUGACUUCUGUUGUGACAGGAUUAGCUCUCUUAUCUCUUUACUUAGCUCAUUCAACAUUUAUGUUUAUUUUUGGAUUAUUUACAUGGUAUCUCUCUUCUUCUUUUCUUUAUGGAUUGGUUUUUGUUCAUUUAUGGGAGUAUUUUCCCGAAUCUUAUUAAAAAUAUGGAGCCGCUAUACUUAAUAACUCAUGUCCUUUUAUGAUGGUCAUAUUUCUAAUCUUUAGUUAUUAUUAUGGGUCUUGGAAAAAUACAUUGAUUCAUUUCACAGGAAUUCCCUUACUUAUUAUUGGAUUAUUAAGUAUUUACUUGUAAGCUAAAUUAACUAUUAGCUCACCAAACUCUACCCAACAAAUAGAUAUGUAAUAUAGAAUUUUUGAAAACUAGCAGGAAAGUGAAUAAAAAGAUAAUGAUUUGUAAUUUCAAGAUAGUUAACAAUCUAGCCCAAAUCAAGAAAUAAAAUAAAUAAAUCUAUAAUAGCAUAAAAAAUAUACAGAUGAUGAAAGUUAAGGAGAAACGUCUUCAACUAGCGAAAAACCUACAUAAGACUAAGUAUCAGGCUAAGAAAUACAAAAUUUUAAUGAAAUUACAAGCUAAGCUGAUAAUAACUUAUAAACGAACUCUAAAAUAAUGGUUAUAAUUGAGAAUUAUUUUCCAUUUUUAAAUAGAGGAACAGUAUUAAGGAAGAAUUUUUAUAUUUGGACUCUAUGCUUAUCAAGUUAUGUUGCUAAUUACUAUGGAGUCUGCUUUUUAUUGAAUUCACUUCAUGGAAAUUUGUAUUUCAAUUGCUUGCUUUCUACAAUUUUUGAAUUAUUUUCAAACUUUAUUGCAACUGCUUUAGUAGUAAAAUAUAAUAACUCUAUCAAAACGCUGUUAAUUGUAACACAAUUUAUUACAGGUGUUGCUUUUGUCUCAGCUUUCUUUAUUUCUGAUACUAAAGAUUCUGUUGUAAACUCAUAUCAAGAUAAAGAAAUGUAAUUCACAGAUAUUAUGCUCUUAAUUUUAUAUCUAUCUCCUAUUAUUAUAGCAAAGAUAUCAUUUGAAAUAACUCCUUCGUUGCUCUUUACUUAUCAAAAGACAGUAAUACCAGUAGCAUAUUAAUAGUAAUAAUACUCCUGCUCUAGUAUUUUCACUAUGAUUGUUUCAAAUGUUAUCCCAUUUUACAAAUACUUUCUGAUACAAAUGGGAAUUAAUCCUUUUAUAGGAUUUGGAGUCUUUACUUUAUUUUCAGCCUAUUAAUCAAAGAAUUUUAUGGCAAUCACAAAUAAUGAAAAUUAAAAAAAUAACACUGUAAAAUGA